CGUCAGGGCGGCAAGAUCCCGAUCCGGUGGACGCCGCCGGAAGCCAUCGCUUACCGCAAGUUCACCGCUUCGAGCGAUGUUUGGAGUUACGGCAUCGUGAUGUGGGAGGUGAUGUCGUUCGGCGAGAGGCCGUACUGGGACAUGUCCAACCAAGACGUGAUCAACGCCAUCGAACAGGACUACCGUCUGCCACCGCCCACCGACUGCCCGUCCUCACUCCACCAGCUCAUGCUGGACUGCUGGCAGAAGGAACGCAACUCCAGGCCGCGCUUCGCACAAAUAGUCAGCGCCCUCGACAAACUCAUCCGCAACCCAGCCAGUCUGAAGAUCAUCACGCUCGAACUGGGAGCCCUGUCCCAGCCGCUGUUAGACCGUGCGUCCCCGCACUGUGGGGCCUACCCCAGCGUAGCCGAGUGGCUGCGGGCCAUCAAGAUGGGGCGCUACGAGGACAACUUCUCCAACGCCGGCUUCACCGGCUUCGACCUGGUGGCUCAGAUCUCCGCCGAGGACCUGCUGAGGAUCGGGGUGACGGUGGUGGGACACCAGAAGAAGAUUCUCUCCAGCAUCCAGGGCCUGACGCCGCAGACCAAGCCUGCAACCGCCGCCCACAACUGACUGCCCAUCGCCGCACGGGGAGGCAACAAGAUGGCGGGCGGCCGCUGAGGGGGAAGACGGUGCCUCGCCCGUGGCUAUACGGACCUUACGGGCACCGUACGGACAGGCCCGUCGCCGAAGGAAGGGCGAGGAUUCAUUCCGGACGCUCGCUUUUUUAAAGGAAAGAACUGCUUUCGCACUUUGAAACCCGGCGGCCAUCUUGUUCCGCCAGCUCUUCGAAACCCGGCGGCCAUCUUGUUCCGCCAACACUUUCGAAACCCGGCGGCCAUCUUGUUCCGCCAACUCUUCGAAACCCGGCGGCCAUCUUGUUCCGCCGACUCUUCGAAACCCGGCGGCCAUCUUGUUUCGCCAACCCCGGUUGCCGUGGCGAUGGCUCCUCUCCAGGCCAGGGCAGGCUUCAGCCUAGUCGAACCGUCGCUCCUUUUGCCUUCAAUGGAACCCUGGAUGAACUAGGCACAGAAACUUUAGUCUUGACGUCUUCAUAUUGAAGACGAGGGAAUUAAAUUUGCCGCAUAUCUCCCGGGGCUGCACAGUGCCUGCCCUCCAAACUUCGUUCCAAAGAAGUUACAAACUUUUGGGCACCAGUUCUCCUCUCGACUGAAUUCUCUUUUGAAGAGACUAGUGUCUUGUGUAUGUGUGUGUGUGUUUGUGUAUAUAUAUUUUUUUUGUACCGCCGUUUUUGUCUAAUGAUAAGG